AUGUCUUCUAGACACUCAAAGAGAAUAUCCAUCAAUAGUUUGAAUAACUCCAUCCCUCCAACAGAACUCCAGCCCUCAUCCUCUCCACCUACUGUUGAUAAUUCUCCUCCCCCUCCUCCCCCUCCUCCCCCUCCUUCUAGUGCUCCUGCUCCCGCUCCUCCCUCUUCUAACAUCACGUUAGAGUCAUCGAAUGAUCAUCCAACCCAGGAAUUGUCAUCUAAUAAAAUCCAGCAUCAAUUCAAGUCCAAAGAAAAGUUGACACUACUUCAACAAGUAGUCAAGUUCAACCCCUACAAGAACAAGCGCAAUGGCUGGCAGAAAGUGAAAGAUGGUUAUUUGCAAUGGAAGAAUUUACAUCGCCCAAAAUAUGCUGACCCUGCUGAAGACUAUAUCAAGAGGAAAGUCCAAGAAAUAUUGAGACUUUACGCAAGACUGGGGAAAGAGUCAUUAAAAGAUAAUGGGUUCACCAACAAAAACUCUAGCGACUCUAUUUUGUUUUUAUCGUUUAUCGAACAGAUAUUGGUAUUGAAGAAAAUUGAAGCCGAUGAUGCUUUGGGAGUGAAAGAUGAGUCUUGUUCUUCAAUUCCUGAGUUCAAUGAAGACCAGCAACAAGUCCCGAAAAGAAGGAGGAUCGGCUCCAAUAACUGCUCACCAAUUGCUACCGCUGCCUCAAUUCUCCCUCCAUUCAACCCUACCAGACCUCCGUUGGGCUACCCAAACUACCAAUUCCCAGUAGUCCAGCCUCCAAACAAUAGCACUCCAAACAACAUUAACCCACCAUUAUCUGCCACCAUGUCCUCGCAUUUCAAUAAUACCCCAACAUUUUCCAACCCUAGCCCCCAUGGACCACAUACCCAAUCAUCAACCUCUCAUUCUACUGCCACCCAUCCUAUCCUGAUGCACACAACGCGAACCAUUGGAGAUUUGCAAAUUGAUGAAUUCAUGGUGUUGAUGAACCAAAACAACCAACAUUUUGCUGCCAGUUUUGCUACGGAGCUUACAAAACUGAUUAGUGAGACUAUUUGUGGAACAAUGACCAAUGCAAUUAAAGAAGCAAUUCAGGAAACAACUAAGAAUAAUUUGGAAAUAAUCAAAGCUUUGAAAAAUUGA